GUCUCCUGUUCUCUGCUGCCACCGCGUUCACGCACAGCCCACUACUAGGCACACAGGAGCUCAUGUCUCGUGCACAAGGCGGCAACCCGUCCGCGGACUCGCUCCCGCCCUCGGCGCGGGCGAUCGCGCUGCUGCUCGCGAGCACGCCGACGGUGCAGGACGCGCAGCCGGGCGUGCUGCACCAGCUGCUCGAGCUCGCGCACCGGUACACGGCGCAGGUGCUCUCGGACGCGCAGGUGUACGCGGAGCACGCGGGGCGCUCGGGCACGGGCCGCGUCGAGAUGGACGACGUCGUGCUCGCGAUCCAGGCGCGCGUCGGGUGGGAGUUUGGCGGGCGGGUGCCCAAGGAGUACAUUCUUUCCCUCGCCUCGCAAGUAAACGCCACGCCCCUCCCCGCCGUCCCCGAAAUAUUCGGCGUGCGCCUCCCGCCCGCCGGCGACACGCUCACGUCCGUCAACUUCGACCUCGUGCCGAACAAGCCCCCGCCCAGCGUACCGCAGUACGACGAAGAGGUCGAAGAGGUCGAGGAGGAGGACGAAGAAGAAGAAGAAGAAGGAGCAGAAGACGGCAUACAAGGCGAAGAGGAAGAAGAGGAGGAGGAGGAGGAGGAAUACGAUCAGAAGCCCAUUCCCGCGCCCGGGUUCGGCCCGCCGAGAGCGCAGCAGCGGGAGGAGGAGGAGGAAGAGGAGGACGAUGCGGAUAUGGAGCCGGCGGCGAUUCCGAUCACGCCAUCGGACGUGGAGAUGCGCGCGGGGACGGGCACGCCGGGUGUGGGCGCGCCGGUCGUCGCUGGUGGGGACGAGGAGGCGAGCGAGCACGGGGAUGGGGACAACGAGGACCUGUUUGGUGAGGAGGACGAGGGUGAGGAAGGGAGCAACGCGGACGAGGCGAUGGAGGAGGUGCCGACGCAGGGCAACGGGGUCAAGCGGAAGCUUGUGGAGGACGAGGACUACGACUAGCGCUCCUGCAUGAUCGUGUGGUUUGCGCUGUUUACUUUCGGAUGUUUCAAAAUAUGUAUCAUAUAGGUCUACGCAUAAUAUACUGACGAGCCGAC